GCGAAAGAAUACGGUGGAAGGAAGAGUGUAUGCACGAUAUUCAGCAAAAACAGUGUUGUUGACAGUAGUCCCAAAGCAGAGAUGGUCCAGUCGCUAGAUUGUGGUUAGCCUUUUUUCAGAUGUCAAACAUUGAAGAUGGAGGUUUUCCCGAGCCCGAGACCUACACCUAAGUUUUUCCUCGAACCUCAGACGUUUUCUACUAAAAAGUCGAGAGGUACGCCGAGGGAUUCCCUACCUCCCAAACCCCCUGUGAAGAGUGCUCCACCAAUCAGUCGGAUUUUCCCACAUAGACCAAUUCAGAGAGCUCAGAUAGUGUCAUUCCGAGACAAUCAGGAUGUCAGUGGAUUAUUUCUGGGAGCGAACACUUCCAACAGUAAACGACAGUACUUUGAGACUGGAUUCCAGGUCAUAUCGAAGCUUGGAGCUGGGUCCUUUGGAGAGGUGUUCAAAGUACGAAGUAAGGAAGAUGGGAAGUAUUAUGCUGUGAAGAAGUCCCAGGAGAAAUUUCGCGGAGAGAUGGACAGAAAGAGAAAACUUGAGGAGGUAGCAAAACAUGAAUCUCUACCAUCUCACCCCAACUGUGUGACUUUCCAUCGUGCGUGGGAGGAGAACCAGUAUCUUUAUAUACAAGAGGAGCUGUGUCAGACUAAUUUGUUGCAGUAUGCUGAGAGUCAUGAAAUACCCGAAAGAAUGAUUUGGAAAUAUCUUGUGGAUUUAUUGAUGGCAAUAAAACACUUACAUGAUCACAAUCAUAUCCAUAUGGACAUCAAACCAGACAACAUCUUCAUCUCCCACGACAAAGUAUGCAAGCUGGGUGACUUUGGGCUUGUCAUUGACCUGUCAAAGGGCGGAGACUUCUCUGAGUCGCAGGAAGGUGAUCCCAAGUACCUUGCUCCCGAGCUGAUGGAUGGAAAAUUCUCUAAGGCAGCAGAUAUCUUCAGUCUUGGGAUGACGGUGCUAGAGUUGGCCAGUGACCUUGACCUGCCCAGAGGAGGAGAUGGUUGGCACCUGUUACGGACAGGACAUCUUCCUGAAGAAUUUUUCUGCGACAAGUCUUUUGACCUGAAGUAUGUAAUACAACAGAUGUUGGACCCAGACCCGACAAGUCGUCCAACUGUAGACCAGAUUCUUGCCUUCCAUUAUGUCAGAAAGAUUUGGAAAAGACGACAACGUGAAUACAUGAUGAAUAGUGCUAUGAACACUGUCCAGUCCAUGUUCCAGAGCUUGUUUCAGGCCAUUCUCUUCCUACCUACUAUGUUAACCUGGCCCUAUCACUACUUCCGGCCAGCAAUCCUCAGCGAAAGCUCCGGACGCAGCAGUGUCCUCAGUAGUAACAGUACUGGCCUGGAGCUCGAUCACAGUCUGUCUGAUGAUGAUUGUUUUGAGGAUGAGUUAAGUAUCCACAACAAUUCCAUGGGAAUUCCAUUAGACAGCUCAUCGUCGAGUGAGAGUUUCCUUUCAGAGUUUGCAGUGCCAAGAGACAUGCCUCUACGGAAAGCCUACACAUCGCCUGUGAUGCGUCAUCGACCUAAAGACUUUGUCUGCUCACCAAUGAGUUCUUCACCUGUGCUUCCUAGUCGUCAGAGAAGUCCUAACCUGAGUUUUGAGAGCAGUUUUGAGGAGGAGAGAGCUGUAACACCAACCACCUUCUCCACAAAUCUUGACCUCGGCAGUGAAGACAUCACCAAACCAGGCAUCGAACCCAAGAAUCUCAUGGAUAUGUUUGAAGCUGCGAGUGAUGAAGACUGAGAAGCUCUAGGUAGAUGUCGUCAUCCUAAGUUUUCUUCUGUACUGGGUUAUCGUCGGACAACAUAGAAGAUAUUCUGUGUAUUACGGAGUUGCUAGGAGAUGCAACAAUAGGGUGCUUGAACUAAAGAUAUUUGCGGCCGAAUUUGCAAAAGAUUGUUUUGUUAAGAAUAUUAAGAUAUUGGAAGCUUAAUGGCAGUGUUGUGCUUCAACUGCAGAUACUUCACCAAUCACAUUAUAAUGUGUAUGGUAGACUUAUAAAUUACAGAAGGAUUGUCUUAAUGCUACUUGUUGGAAGAGCUUGAAGAAAGUUCCAAACUUUCAAAAUGUGGAAACUUUGCUCUUGUUCAUUGAAUCUUAAGAAGUGGCACUUUUGUCAUUUUUGAAGAUUGUUUAUUUUUAUAUGACUAAUUAACCAAUAUGUGUUCAAAUACUGUGUUCAAAUAUUUUAAGGUCAUUUAGUUUAAAUAUGUUAUCAUCUACUCCGGUGUCAUUUAUAUCGUCUGUUAUCAUCUACCAUCACCUAGAUAUAAUCGUCUAUCAUCUACAAUUAUCUAGAUAUCAUCGUCUGUUAUCUAUCCUCUACCAUCACCUAGAUAUCAUCUGUUAUCUUAUCAUCUACCGUCAUCUAGACAUUAUCGUCUGUUAUUUUAUCAUCUACCAUCAUCUAGAUAUCUGUUAUCUAUCAUCUACCGUCACCUAGAUAUCAUCUGUUAUCUAUCAUCAACCAUCACCUAGAUAUCAUCGUCUGUCAUCUAUCAUCUACAAUCAUCUAGAUAUCAUCUGUUAUCUAUUAUCUACCAUCACCUAGAUAUCAUCUGUUAUCUAUCAUCUACCAUCACCUAGAUAUCAUCGUCUGUCAUCUAUCAUCUACAAUCAUCUAGAUAUCGUCGUCUGUCAUCUAUCAUCUACUAUCGCCUAGAUAUCAUCAUGUUAUGUAUCAUCUACCAUCACCUAGAUAUCAUCGUCUGUUAUCUACCAUCACCUAGAUAUCAUCGUCUUGUUAAUCUCUGUAAAAUUGUUACCAACAUCUAAAUAGUUUUCUUCACCAGUUCGGCUGUCUAGAGUGCUACUGUUGUUUUGUUAUAUUGAUGUAAUGCUUUGAGACAAGUCUCUUAUAAAUGUUUUGAGUACUCAACACAUCAAGUGUCAUACCGGAAUGUGUUUUAAGUUACUACACACAUGUAAUUACAUUUUGUUUACUGAUGUGUAUGUGUGCAUUUAUGUGUCUAGUGCUAUAUGUGACACAGCUGUCUAUUUUCAAAUAUGAACAUGUAAAUACAUGUGCCUUUAAUGUGUUCUGAUUUCUACAAUACAUUACCGUAUAGCAGGCUAUUUUUAUCGUAAAACGGACAUCUUGUGGGAUAUUAGAUGAAGCUGGUUGAUUAAACAAUUUACUUGGCCGUUAAAGUGGUGAACGAAAAGAAAAUUUAAAUAAUUAGACACCCACCAAGGAACACCCUAUGUAGAAAUAGCCUUUACACAGGUGGUAGUUUUAGUGAUAAUAAGUAGAGUCGUAAAAACCCUGCUACAUGGUAUUGGUAAAUAUGUGAUGUUUUAAUUGUUUAUCAUUGUUAUCGGUUACGACCAGUAUUGACAUUUUUUCUGCCUUUUUCACAAAUUCCAACUUUUUCACUUCAAGGUCAUACUCUUGUGAGUGUUUCUACUCUAGAUAUAAGAUUGUUUACAAAACACGACUUUUGAUGACCUUUUCGAAGUGACUUUGUUCCAGAUUUCUGUUGUCCAUCAUUCGCCCUUCACUGCCUUGUCCUAUUUACAGGCCAAACUCCACCACGCUGUGUUCAAAGGAAAAUCGGGUACAGAUUUCUCCGUGAUCUGGAAAAUUGUUUUUAAUAUUGUAUACACUGUUAUAGGACUUUCUUACAUAUGCAAGCAUAUUAAGAGUGAUUACAAUAAAGGUACUGGUAUUCUUGUUAUUCCUGUAAAUGUUUAACAAAACGGAAUGCUUAUCUUUAUCAAGGAGAUUCAAUAUUGGUAUGUAACUAGGAAAUCAUUAAUGAUAUUGUAGUCUGGAACUUGUCGACAGGGCUCUCCAACUUAAUAGAGAAAUGUUUACAAUCUUGUUGAUAUGGUUUGAAAAGAAUCAUUUUGUGUAUUUGGUUACAGUGAUUAUUCCUUUACUGGAGAUUUAAGCCGAUUUAUCAGAGAAAUAAGGUGUCGGCAACAAGUCUCUACUGUAAACUUAACUAGGGUCAAACUGGCUGACGAGACAGUUUCUUGCCUGAUGCGAAGUUAUUUAAUAAUUGUUUAUUUUCUGUGAUGAGUUUUGCUCGGAUAUAUGUUAAUCUAUACACUGUACAAGCUAUGCAAUGACCAGGAUACCAGGGAGACCAAUUCAAUAAAUCUUUUAAUAUUA